AUGGAGACGAACCUGCCUUACAUUGAUACCAUACUGAUAUUUAAAGAAGCAAGAAGCUACAAGAACAACUUAAAAGAUGGGGCCAUGAACCUGAUUAUUGAAACAAUGAAUAGUCUUCUUGCAAACUGCCGACCAGAUUUUACCGAUACACCCAUCAACAUCAACACUUGUUUAACUUUACCACUGCCCACCAUCUACAAGGACUGGGAAGGCUCGGAAACUGCAGACUACCUCAGGAACCCUACAGCCAAGAGAAGCCUAGUGCAGGAUUUUUUUCAAGCCUAA